CGCCCGUACACUUUGGCUGGAUGACGUUAUGAGGCUUGAUAAACUUUGAAUUUUGUCUGCGUAUGUGACGUUAUUGGAGUUUCAGACAUUUGUUGGCGAAUGACAUCUACUUCAGAAUGAUUGCUACAGACAGUACAAAUAGCUACACAAUUAAAGAAUGGAAAGCAUCGUACUACGUGACGACUGGCAAGAAACGAUGGGUAUAUGGUACUCUCUUUGUUGCUUCUAAUUUUAUACUUUUCCAAGACGAGGAUAAGAAAGAACCGAUCAAUGAUGUGACAGUUUACUUUGCGAACUUCACCGGUGUUAAAAGAGAAAACAGUAGUUACAUGUUCAGAUGUGUUACCGUGGCGACCAAUUCUGACAAGCAUUGGUUUGGGUCACUACCAAAUAGGGAGGAAGCUUUUCACUUCAUUGAACACUUUUGGAAAGAGCGUUUAGUAGGGAAACCUGCGUUAAUCAUGAGAAGUAAUGGAGAAGAUCGCGAACAAACUGAGCUUGGUAAAAAGCUACUAGACGUUGCAUACGACUCCCAGAGAACAUUGCAAGAAGCUGGAGAAUCAUUGGCCUAUCAAGGUGAGAAGCUAGAUUAUGCUUCUCGAGUUGUUGACGACAUCAAUAAUGAUUUAACAGUGGCUGAGCAUCUUUUGGAUGGACUUGAUUCGUGGCUGGGAAAGUGGAGCGCCAUUACCAGAGUACCAGACUCACCGCAAGACGUUGAUGACACUGUUGCAUAUAAUAUUUUAUAUGCAAGAAAACCCAAUGAUGCAUUGAAUACUGGAACAUUACAGAUUAACAAUGAUAACCUGGAAUUGAAGGACGCUAAAGGGAAAAAACUUCAUGUGUACGAGAUGAAUGAUGUGUCGUCAGUGGUGGUGGAUACACCAUGGGAUAUCAAGGUCACUCAACGUAUGAUUGGUAAACCUGAUAUCAAUUUUUAUCUAACAUCAGCAAAAAUGGUACAAAUCUUGAAAGCGAUGGAGCCAAUGUAUGCUUCUAAGUUUGAUUUUGAGGAAGCUAAUCUGCCAGAGAACACAGUGAAUAUGGAGACUCACACUGCCACUUACAAAGAUGUGAUUUCUAGUGCUGAGCAUGAAAGCAGUCCACGGGCCAGACUUCACAUUCACAAAUCCAACAAACCCAUUGUAUCUGAUAUGGAAGCUGAUGAAUUAAACCAAGUUGUGGGGAACUUGAAAUCCAUGGCUUUAGACAUCCAGAAGGAACAAGACUUGCAGAUGGAAAACAUAGAUAGACUCAGUGACAAGGUAGAAGGUACCACAGCGAGAGUGAAAAGUGAUACAAAACAGAUGAAAAGAUUACUGUAAUUACAUAUUUUACUUUUAUCAUUGGAACCUUUCCUGCCAAGUUAUUGUGAUUAUUUUCACACAUCUAUGUUUCACACAAAUUUGUUUGAUGAAUUUGUUUUUCACGCAAUACACACAAAAUGAAGCUGAAAAAUUAAACUGGAAAAAAGAGUAAUUGGAAAAUGGUUAAGAGCUGUAUUGUAUUUGUUCUAUUAGGUGCUCUCAUUCUUUUUGGGGUAUUUACUAGCUUGCCUGUAAUUG